AUGGUUUCCCAAAGAAUUAUAGCAAAAGUUGACGGUCCUUCAGACUGGGUCAAUAGUAUAACAAUUGUUAAAAAAGCGAAUGGUGAUUUACGCAUUUGUUUAGACCCGAAAGAAUUAAAUAUGGCAAUAAAAAGAGAAUAUUUUAGGCUACCUACGUUAGAUGAAAUAGUAUCAAAGUUGUCUGGAGCAAGGUAUUUCAGCACUUUAGACGUUACUUCUGGAUUUUGGAAUGUGGCACUUGAUGAAUCUAGCAAAUAUUGUACUUUUAAUACGCCGUUUGGUAGAUACAAGUUUCUUAGAAUGCCUUUUGGAAUUUGUUCAGCGUCAGAAGUCUUUCAUAAAAAAAUGUUUGAAUACUUUGGGGAUAUACAAGGUUGUGAGAUGUACAUUGAUGAUAUUUUGAUAUAUGCUAUUGAUAAAAAACAACACGAUGAAAUACUGAAAAAAGUGCUAGAUAGAUGUAGACAUAUUAAUUUAAAAUUAAAUAAAAAUAAAUGUAAAUUUGGAUUGGAUGAAAUAAAGUAUUUGGGGCAUCGUAUUACAAAAAAUGGUUUAUGUCCCGACGAUUCACAUAUAUCAGCCAUUAAAAAUAUGCCUAUCCCAAAAAACAAAAAGGAUGUGGAGAGGUUUUUAGGCAUGAUAACCUAUGUCAGUACAUUUAUUCCCAAUCUCUCUGACAGAACAUUACCACUUAGAGAACUGUUAAAGAAAGACAUAUCGUGGCACUGGAAUGAGAGACAUGAAGAAUGUUUUAAUUAUUUAAAAACAUGUUUACUGAAACGUCCUGUAUUACAAUAUUACAGUAUGAAUAAACACAUAGUUAUAUCUGUAGAUGCUAGUAAGAGUGGUUUAGGUGCAUGUCUUAUGCAAGAUAACUUGCCAGUGUGUUAUGCUUCAAAAUCAUUGACAGAAACAGAGCAGAGAUAUGCACAAAUUGAAAAAGAACUGUAUGCAUGUUUAUUUGCUUGUGAACGAUUUAAUGUAUACAUUUAUGGACGUUCCGACGUGACGAUAGAAACAGAUCAUAAACCGCUCAUUAGCAUAAUAAAAAAACCCACAGUAGACGCACCACUCCGUUUGCAAAGAAUGUUGCUUAGAUUACAACGAUAUACAUUUAAUUUAAUAUAUAAACCUGGCAAACAUUUGUAUAUAGCGGACACCCUAUCUCGCGCAUAUGAACAGAAUUCUGAAGAUGAUAUUAGUCAUACAGACCAAGACGAAAUGUGUGUGGUGGGCGAAAUAAGGUCUAUCACGUCGAAAUAUACAGAUGCACAAUUUUUACAGUUGCAAAAAAUCACAGAAACUGAUAAUGAACUAAUACAGUUACAAGAAUAUAUUGCGAAUUGGUGGCCAAGUAACAAAAGUGAAGUAGCUGAUGCAGUUAAGCCAUAUUGGAAUUUUAAGGAAGAACUAUCUAUGAAUUAUGGUUUAAUUUGGAAAGGUAACAAAAUAUUAAUUCCAAAAAGUUUAAGACAAGAAAUGUUGCAAAAGAUUCAUAUUGGACACAUGGGGCUGGAAAAGUGCACUUUAAGGUCGAGGGAGAUAAUGUUUUGGCCUGGUUUGAAUAAUGAUUUAAAAAAUAUGAUAACGAACUGUAACAUAUGUCUAACACAUAGAAAAAGUAAUCAAAAAGAGGAACUACAACCCCAUGAGAUUCCAAAUCGACCCUGGGCUAAGGUAGGUAUGGACCUGUUCGAAAUUAAAGGAUGUCACUAUUUACUAAUGGUUGAUUACUUCAGUAAGUUUUUUGAAAUUGUACAGUUGCCUGUGACUACUUCAGAAUAUGUCAUAAAUUGUAUAAAGAAUAUAUUCAGUCGUCAAGGAAUACCAAAUAUUGUAAUGUCAGACUGUGGUCCACAAUUUGUGUCACAUAUAUUUAAGCAAUUUGCACAGGAAUGGAACUUUAUUCAUACAACAUCUUCACCACGAUAUCCACAAUCAAAUGGACAAAUUGAGCGGACAGUGCAGACAGUUAAAAAUAUCAUAAUAAAAACGAGUGAAUCACACACCGACUAUCGUAUUGCACUAUUAGAGUACUUAAAUACACCGUUAGAUGAGAAUUUAGCAUCACCGGCGGAGCUUUUACAAAGCAGAAAGUUGCGAAGUGUUAUUCCCGUGUCUGACAGGCUAUUAAAACCUAAAAUCCAGAAAAAG